CCAAGCAAGCUCCCGGCUUUUGGACUGGGGGACGGAUCCUUUGUUUUUACAAGUAAAAUGUGAAGAACCAUCAUUUCGUUUCUCUCCUUCCGCGUUUUUGUACCACGUUCUUUUGGUCGUAGAAAGCCCUUCCACUCUUUAUUCAAUAUGCGUUCUCUCUUGACUUCGGUCGUUCCAUUCGUUACUUUUGGUCUUUCUCACUUGAGGUUUGUUGAGGCGUUUGAGCAGUGUUAUUAUCCCGAUGGAUCGAUACCUACAGAUUGGAUUUGGGAGGCCUGUACGGGGGCUCAGUAUUCGAGUUGUUGUGUGCCGAGUGAAGGAGAUAUCUGCCAACCUGAUGGACUUUGUUAUUAUCCCGCUGCGGGCAUUUCGUAUCGUGGUACUUGUACAGAUCGUACAUGGAACGAUCCGUCUUGCAACGCAGACAUCUGCGUGACUGGUUUCGAAACCACCUGGAACUGGGCAAUCAAAUGUGACGGCGCUGGCGGAGCGGAAACCUGGGCCUGCGGCAUCAUCGACGACUACGGCCACGAAAGUCCCACCAGCAUAACCUGCCCUGCAAACGAAGCAGCACAAACCGCAGGCUCAAAUUUCGUAACCACAGGAUCGACCACUUCUGCAGCCCGCUACACACCUCCUCCCACCGUUGAUCCGAAAGUGUACUCCGUCUUCACAUCUUCAUACACAGCAACUCUCACCGCCAGCCAAGAAACCACGACGCUGACAACCACAUACGCGAGCACAUUUACCAGCAAGAUUAGCGCUGCUGCGGCCACAACAACCGGAUCCGGAUCCGGUGUGCCAGUCCCCGUGACCUCUAAUUCAACAUCCUCGAACACGAAAGGUGCAGUAACAUUGUCUAUUGGAGCGUUAAUUGGCAUCAUCGUAACCAUCAUCGCGCUCCUCACCCUCGGUCUCGGCACCGCCGUCAUCCUCCGCAACAAGCGUCUCAAGAAGAAAGAAGAAGCCAUCCGCUUAAACACCGCUUCUCCACCACCACCAAACGGACCCGUUGGACGCGAUCAAAUAUAUCCGUAUGAGGCGCCCGCGAACGAGGUCGGGGAUGCAGAGAAGCUGAGGCGGCAGUAUGGGUAUGUGGGUCCGAAGGUGGAUACGUAUGAGAUUGACGAUCAUUCGGUUCAUGGCCGUGGGGAGAAGAGUGCUGCUAUGGGGAUGGGAGCUGGGAGGACGGGCGUGGCGGAGAUGAGGGGUGAGUAUGGGGAGCCGUUGAGGAGUCCGGCGCCGGAGUACAGUGUUGCUGUUAUGCCGGUUGAGUUGGAUGCGUCGCCUGCGCCUUCAAGGGGGGAAAAUAGGCCGUAUGGGAGGUAUUGAGGCUGGUGGGUUAUGGCGAGUAUUUUUUCUGGCUGGGUGGCGUUCAUGUUAAUAGACAGGGAGUUCAACGUUAAUAUGGCUUUGAUGUUGGAUGAAUGCUGCAGAAAGUACAAAGAAGGUCACGACUAAAAAGUGAAAAUAGAAUGUUUCAAGUUCCAAGUGAAAACGGU